AUGGCUUUUGCAACGAUUCAGAUUCCUUCUAAAUAUGAUUUCUCGUCUUUAUCUUCUUUUUUUAAGGUUAUUCUUGCGGUUAAAAUUUAUAGUAUUGAUGCAUCUUUUUUUAUUGGUGAUUUACUUCAAUGUAUUGUCUCAGAAAUGGGUGCGGCUAAAAGUUUAAGUUCUGCUGAUCAUAUUGUUCAAUAUUUUUAUCGACAGAAUGCAAAAAACUCAUAUUGUUUGGAAGAGAAAUGGGAAGAUAUGUUUGAAAAAUUGUCAUUGAAGGAUGUGGAUAUUCCUAAAGUAAAUGAAAUAGCAACACAAGUAUUAAAUGAAUUUGAUACAAACCAUUCGGAUGUCACAAGUAUGGAGAUUAUUCUUUUUUCUAAGCUUUUUUUCCUUAAAAAAAAAAAUAUCGAGGAUCAAUGGGAUGCAAAAGGGCAAAUAGGCCAAUGGUAUAAACGAUUUUCUGAAAGAGAAGAUGUUUUAGAAGGAAUUCGUGUAAUGACAGAGUUUGCUGAGAAAAAAUUGUUUUUUCCUGUCGUAGAAAAUCUCGAGUGGUUUAGAGCGUUUGCCGAUCCGAGUCGAAGACUUAGGAUUACAUUGCAGACUCCUUUUUUUUCGAAAGAAUGUCUUCCAAAGAAAGGACAGAAAAAUAUCUUAAUUACGUCUGCGUUGCCUUAUGUGAAUAAUGUUCCUCAUUUAGGAAAUAUUGUGGGCAGUGUAUUGAGUGCUGAUGUGUUUUCAAGAUACUGUAAGGCUCGUUCUUUUAAUACCAUUUAUAUUUGUGGAACGGAUGAAUAUGGAACUGCUACAGAAACAAAAGCAUUGGAGCAGAAUAUUUCUCCUAAAGAAUUAUGUGAUAAAUAUCAUAAAAUUCAUAGUGAAGUUUAUAAAUGGUUUGAAAUUGAAUUUGACAUAUUCGGUCGGACAACAACGCAAAAACAAACUGAAAUUGCAUCUGACAUUUUUAUGGAUUUAUACAAGAAUGGAUUUUUAGAAGAAAGGACGGUUCGACAGCUUUACUGUGAAAAGCAUCAAGGUUUUUUGGCAGACAGAUAUGUAGAAGGAAUAUGUCCUAAAUGUUCUUAUUUUGAUGCACGUGGUGAUCAGUGUGAUUCAUGUGGUAAUUUAUUGGAUCCUUUUGAAUUGAAAGAGCCGAGAUGUAAGGUGGAUGGUGAAAAACCCGUUGAGCGUGAAACUAGGCAUAUUUUUAUGUUAUUAAAUAAAUUGCAGCCAGAAGUUGAGGAUUGGAUUAAAAAGUCAUAUCAAUCUGGGAAAUGGUCUUCUAAUGGUAUUAUGAUUACUUCAAAUUUUCUGAAAACUGGUCUUGAGCCUCGAUGUAUAACCCGUGAUUUAAAAUGGGGGACGCCAGUUUCUCCUGAGGUGCCUAAUAUGGAGAAAAAGGUCCUUUAUGUAUGGUUUGAUGCUACAAUUGGUUAUAUUAGCAUUACGGCAAAUUAUACUGAAAAAUGGCAUGAAUGGUGGAAAAACCCAGAAGAUGUUAAGUUAUAUCAAUUUAUGGGGAAAGAUAAUGUUCCUUUCCAUACAAUUAUUUUUCCUGCAAGUUUAAUUGGUACAAGAAAAAAAUGGACUAUGUUACAUCACCUUAAUACAACAGAAUAUUUGCAAUAUGAAGGUGGUAAAUUUUCGAAGUCAAGAGGUAUCGGUGUAUUCGGAAAUAAUGCUCAAGAUACGAAUGUACCACCAUCCGUAUGGAGAUAUUAUCUUUUAAUUUCUCGUCCAGAAGUUUCUGAUACUGUAUUUUCAUGGAAAGAGUUUAUUCAAAGAAAUAAUACUGAAUUAUUAGCUAAUCUCGGAAAUUUCGUUAAUCGUGUUGUUAAAUUUAUUAAUGUUAAUUAUCAAAGUGUAGUACCAAAUUAUAUUGAAUAUAAUGAUAACUCAGACGACGGUUUUAACUUUAUACAAUUAAAACGCGACAUUAAUAAAAUUUUGGCUCAAUAUAUAGAAAACAUGGAUGCUGUAAAAAUUCGUUAUUCUUUAAGAUUAGUCCUCGAAUUUUCAUCUCGGGGUAAUUUAUUUCUUCAAACUAAUAAAUUAAAUAAUACUUUACUAAAUAAUAACCCUCAGUUAUGUUCUGAUAUAAUCGGUUAUAUGGUUAAUUUAAUUUAUUUAAUUUCUGCUUGUAUUUCACCAUUCAUGCCUUCGACUUCUAAUUCUAUUCUUCAACAACUUAAUCUACCUCAAAAAUCUAUCUCUAAUACAUGGCAACUCGAUAUUUUACCAGGUCAUAAAAUUCAUAAAGCUCAAUAUCUUUUUUUUAAAAUUCCUGAAGAAAUGGAAACUGUUUGGAGAAAUCAAUAUGGUACUUGUACAUAA